AGUGCAUUCGAUACUAGAUUUUCCCACCUCCCCAGUCAAUAAAUGAGCCUCAGGGUGGCGACGGACCACAGCGCGGACAACACGACGGCGGUGCUGCGCGAAUGGCUGGUGCGAGUGCAGGGCCUCUACCACCGCGUGGAGUGGCGGCCGUUGGAGGAGCCCCGGUCCUACCCCGACGAGGAAGGCCCAAAGCACUGGUCAAACUCCCGCUACGAGCACGUGAUGAAGCUCCGGCAGGCAGCCUUGAAGGCUGCCCGGGACAUGUGGGCCGACUACAUCCUGUUUGUUGAUGCGGAUAACAUCUUGACGAAUCCAGACACCCUGGACUUGCUGAUGGCAGAGAAUAAGACCGUGGUAGCACCCAUGCUCGAUUCUCGUGCUGCCUAUUCUAAUUUCUGGUGUGGAAUGACUUCUCAGGGUUAUUAUAAGCGCACUCCUGCCUACAUUCCUAUUCGGAAACGAGAUCGACGUGGCUGCUUUGCUGUCCCCAUGGUGCAUUCCACUUUUCUUAUUGACUUGCGGAAAGAGGCCUCCCGAGACCUUGCUUUCUACCCACCGCACCCUGAUUACACCUGGUCUUUUGAUGACAUCAUUGUUUUUGCAUUUUCCUGUAGGCAGGCAGAAGUCCAGAUGUUUGUUUGUAACAAGGAAGUUUAUGGCUUUCUUCCGGUGCCGCUAAGAUCCCACAGCACCUUGCAGGAUGAGAUGGAGAGUUUCAUGCAUGUCCAGCUAGAGAUCAUGGUGAAGAACCCUCCAGCAGAGCCUUCGCAAUACGUAUCUGUCCCACCCAAGAUCCCUGACAAGAUGGGCUUUGAUGAGGUUUUCAUGAUUAACUUGAAGCGCCGGACAGACAGACGAGACCGAAUGCUGCGAACGCUGUACGAACAGCAGAUUGAGUGCAAAAUCAUUGAAGCGGUGGAUGGCAAAGCUAUGAAUAGCAGUGAGGUAGAAGCUCUGGGAAUUAAAAUGCUGCCAGGUUAUAAGGAUCCAUACCAUGGCCGUCCUCUCACCAAAGGAGAGUUGGGUUGUUUCCUCAGUCACUACAAGAUCUGGAAGGAGAUUGUUGAGAGGGGGCUGGAGAAAUCGGUAGUGUUUGAGGAUGACUUGCGCUUUGAGAUCUUCUUCAAGCGGCGCCUGAUGAAUCUCAUGUAUGACUUGGAAGAGGAGGGUUUGGACUGGGAUCUGAUUUACAUUGGGAGGAAGCGGAUGCAGGUAGAGCAUCCUGAAAAGUCUGUGCCUCAUGUGCGGAACCUCGUGGAGGCUGAUUAUUCCUACUGGACUUUGGCCUAUGUGAUUUCACUACAGGGAGCUCAUAAGCUGCUGGCAGCUGAACCGCUCUCCAAAAUGUUACCCGUUGAUGAAUUUCUUCCGGUCAUGUUUGACAAACAUCCUGUCUCUGACUACAUGAAGCAUUUUGAAGAUCGGAACUUGCUGGCCUUUUCAGUGGAGCCACUGUUAGUUUAUCCAACUCACUAUACCGGUGAUGAUGGCUACAUCAGUGACACAGAGACCUCAGUGGUGUGGAACAAUGAGAAAAUAAAGACUGACUGGGAUCGUGCCAAAUCCCAGAAAAUGAAAGAGCAGCAGGAGCUGAGAAAUGAGGCCAAGAACUCAGAUGUGCUACAAUCCCCUCUCGACAGUACUGCUCGAGAUGAGCUAUGACCAGAUCAAGCCUGCCGUAGGAGAUGGACAAAAGGACUGGCUUGUAGGGAGGAGUGGGGUUAGAUGAUGAGAAAAGGUAUAACAUUCUUUAUAUGCAGGGGGGGGAAGUAGGGGGAUUACCGGGGCUUCAUUCUCUGUUCAAGGAUGUAAAGGCAGAUUUGGUUAGGUGACGAAGCUGGCGAGGGUUUAUGUUUGGAGCCCUGCUGACCUCCAGUAUUUUGGGAUGCGAGGAAGAGAAUGCUGAAAAAACUUGGCCAGGCUCGCUCCAUGGUUCUUUUCAGCUGUUGCUCCUUGGUGCGAGACCUUUACGCAGGCAACUGCUGUAAUGUCAGUGCUUUCUUUUCCAUUUUGGAAGUUGGUGCUCAAUAGGCAAAUUGUCUUCUGGCUUGUGCUGCUGCACACGUGCAUCUGCCCUGGAAGUGUAUCUUGUGAUUAAUGUUGACUGAAGGGUGGGAAAGCACGGUAAAAUGCAGCCAGGUCUGUAGAUUACAGCUAUCGAAAUUCCCUGACACAAGCUGAAGAUCCCUCUCUGUAUGAGAGAGAUGUUUUUCCUCUUUUUAUAAAAUCUUUGGCUAUGACUUGGACAGUCCCAUUUCCUCACCAAUAGCCCAGAGUACCUGGGGAAGGAGCAUGGCACAAGCUGAACUCUGUUGAGCUCAAACUCGCUUUUUAAGUAUUUUAUGGUAGAGAUGCUUCACAGCCCUGGAGGCUGAAGUCAGUUUAUAGUAGGGGCAGCAGUUUUGGAAAUCUGCGGCUGCCUACCCUAAGCGCCUUGGGACCUGGAGGAGCCCUAGGUCCCUUUGCUCAAUGUGACCCUUUCCCUACUCAGUGUCUUCUUAGGGAGGUCACUGCUAUUUGUAUUGUGGGUACAUGUCUUACGAGCUGGAGCGAGACCCCUGAUGUUUCCUACCAAAAGCAAGACUACUAAACUUAUUGUUAGGGGCUGGAGUCAGCUGUGACGUACGGUGCGUUGCAAGCUAAAGGGAGAGAGGCUGAACAGCCCAUGAUUUGCCUGGCGUUUCCCACAUCAACCCAGUCAGUUCUGCCCUGAAAAAUUAGACCUACCUCUAAAAUACUUAGGAAGGCUUCCCCUUUCUGAAGGGUCACGGGCUGAAGGGCUAGUGUGUUGUCCCCCCAAAGCGCCAGUCUAAUAAAAGUCUUUACCUCUUGUA